GUGGAAGUAUCACAGACAUAGAGGCACAUAGCUGAAAGGCAUUGCUGUAAUUGUGCCUAGGAUGGCUCUGAAUAUAACAGGGACCCUUCUGCUGGUCACAGGAGUCACUCUUCUCAUAUACCUCAUUAAAUGGUGGAAUAAGAUAAAGCAGAAUAACCUGCCCCCGGGGCCCACACCUUUGCCCCUGCUGGGAAAUAUUUUACAGAUCAGCACCACAGAAUUUCUACAGUCUGUGGUUAAGCUGAGUGAGAAAUAUGGGCCUGUAUACACCCUCUACAUCGCCAGUAAUCGUGCAAUUAUGCUAACUGGCUACGAUGCAGUGAAGGAGGCACUUGUUGACCGCAGCGAUGCAUUUAGUGACAGAGGGAACGUGAAAUUCACAGAACUCUUCUUGAAAGACUAUGGAGUUGUCAUGAGCAACGGAGAAAGAUGGAAGACACUGCGUCGCUUUUCUCUCAUGACUAUGAGGGAUUUUGGAAUGGGAAAAAGAGGCAUUGAGGAGAGGAUCCAGGAGGAGGCCCGGUGUCUUAUUGAGGCAUUUAUGAAGGACAAAGGCACCCCGUUUGAACCAACAAGUCUACUGCAAUCUGCUGUUUCCAAUGUUAUUUGCUCCAUUGUAUUUGGCGAGAGAUUUGACUACGAGGACAAAAAAAUUAUGGCCCUCCUGUCAUACAUUACAGAUGCUUUUAAGCUUUUAACCUCUGGCUGGGGUCAGCUUCUUAAUGUCUUCCCAACCUUGAUGAGCUAUGUCCCUGGCCCUCACCAAAAACUUUUCACAACUUUCCAAAAUCUGAAGGACUUUGUAAUGGACAUGGCGAGGUCUCACCAAACCACAAUAGAUAAGAACUGCCCACGAGACUUCAUAGACCGUUUCCUCAUAAUGAUGGAAGAAGAAAAAAAGAAUCCAAACACAGAAUUUAAUUACGAGAACUUACAGGCAACAGUAAUUGACCUUUUUUUCGCUGGGACUGGGACAACAAGUUUGACACUGAGAUAUGGAUUCCUGAUCCUGCUCAAGUACCCCGAGAUACAAGAGAAUAUCCAAAAGGAAAUAGACAAUGUGAUCGGCAGAGAUCGCUGCCCAUCAGUGGAGGACAGGAGUAAGAUGCCGUACACAGACGCUGUCAUACAUGAGAUCCAGAGAUUUGCUGAUAUUGUCCCUGCGGGUCUGGCUCGUGGAACCAGCAAAGACACAACCUUCAGGGGAUAUCAUAUUCCAAAGGGAACCUUGGUGUUUCCAGUCCUGACCUCCGUCCUGAAAGAUCCCAAACAGUUCAAGAACCCAGAGAAGUUUGAUCCUGGGCACUUUCUUGAUGAGAAUGGUAGCUUUAAGAAGAAUGAUGCAUUCAUGCCAUUUUCUGCAGGGAAACGCUUGUGUUUGGGGGAGGGUCUGGCUCGGAUGGAACUCUUCCUCUUCCUCACAGCUAUACUGCAGAAGUUUACAUUGAAGACCACGAUAGAUGAGAAUGACAUAAACAUAACACCAGAACCAAAGACCAAUGGAUCUCGAUCUCGACCCUAUGAGAUGUUUGUUGUCCCUCGUUGAGCAAUUACUUAUAUUAUAUACUUAACACAAAGGAAAUAAGCAUCACACCAGAACCAAAUAGCAAUGCUUAAAGACUUUGUACUACCUCGCUAUCCCUCGCUGAUGAAGUACUUAAUAAUUUAAUGAAAGACAUCUUGUUACAGAUUUCAUGGGCAUGUGACACUUCAAAGCUGACGUACUUGAUAAAUAAAAAAA